AUGGCGGCUCUGGCGCCGGGGAUUCUGCUGAAGCUCGUCAGCGCAAUGAACACCGGUGUAAAACCCACCGGCGAGCACCGCAGCUCGCUUCUUCAGGUCACCGACAUAGUCCCGGCCGAUCUUGACGAGAAGAGCCUCUGGCCUACUCAGGGGUUCUACAUCAAGGUCUCCGAUUCCUCCCACUCCAUCUACGUCAGCCUCCCGUCGGAGCAAGACGACGUCGUUUUGAGCAACAAGAUGCAGCUGGGUCAGUUUAUAUAUGUGGACAGAUUGGAGCCGGGGUCGCCGGUGCCGGUGGUCAAAGGGGCCAAGAUGAUUCCGGGAAGGCACCCUUUGAUGGGUACGCCGGAGCCGUUGAUGGGUUUGCGGCAGAAGGGAGGAGGAGAGAGAACGGAGCAAAUGGGGAUGUCGAAUUCGAAGCCGAGUAGAAGAGGGUCUUGGGAUUUGAAUGUGGGUGGUGAUGGGGUGAUGUCUCCGAUGGUGGGGAAGCCUUUGGAUUUUGAUCAGUGUUAUAGUACUCCGGUUAAGGACAGGCCGGUGAGGAAUGCGAUGUCGCCGAUGAUAAGGGGAAGAGUUGGAAGAGAUAAUGGUGGAGUUAGGUGCUCUUAUGGUGGGGGAGUUUUGGGGAAGAUGGGAGAUGGAAAGGGAGAGAGUCCAUUGUUGAGGAAGAGCUGUAUGACUCCCUCGAUGUCUAAGUUUCCGAGGAGUAAAAGCGUGUCUGAUCGAGAGCCUAGGAUUCUGAUUAGUCCCUUCAACCAAGCUGAGAAGAAAAGCUCAACUCCACCACCGCGGCUGCGAAAUGCAAGAGUGAUGACUUCUCUCAAUGUGGCCGGGGAUGCGCAAACCCCACAAAAGACCUCCAAUUCAAAGCCACAACAGCUACAGUCUGCUAAUGUGUCCAACGACAGCAACAGCACCAGUCUUGCCAUGAACUUACCUGGAAAACUCAGCAUGCUUGGAAAAGAAGCUGUGCAGCAGCGAGAGACAGCUCAGAAGAUUGCCCUCAAUGCACUGAGAGAUGCUUCGGCUACUGAGGCCUUAGUCCGAUCACUCAAGACGUUUUCAAACUUGUGCAAAGCAGCAAAAGCAGAUGCGCCAGCAGCCUGCUUUGAGCAAUUUCUCGAAUUCCAUCAGCAAGUUGUCCAAGCAGUGGCGGAAAUGGUCUCAGUUCAAGCAGCUACUUCAGCUGCUCAAACACCAAAUGCCAAGCAGCAGAGAGAUAAAGAAGAAGACGAAGAUACAGUGUUAAACGAGAUGGUUCACAACUCCAUGAACUCGAAACUGAGCUUAUCCAAAAGAAGGUGCGCUUUGUACAAAUCAAAUGAUGAGAACAAGAAACCACCCGCUGUUUGUUCGAACUCUUGCAGCUUAACCAGUACAAUCAAACUGGGGAAGCAGAUCGAAACAGAAGCAGGGAACUGGUUUAUGGAGUUCUUGGAGAAGGCUCUGGAGAAAGGCAUGAAGAAAACUAAAGGGACAACAACGGAUGGGGAUGCGAAGAAAGUUCCUCAGUCUCUGAUACUUAGAGUGAUUAAUUGGGUGGAAAUGCAACAAUGUGAUAGCAGUAAGCGACCAGUACAUCCCAAAGCAGCACAAGUAGCCAGAAAGUUGAGGAUCAAGAUGAAGAAUCCUUGA